UAGCUAUUUGAGCGCAGUUUAGUUGCGAACUUCAUCCUCUGUAGAGUCGAAUUCUAGUUGGUCUGUCGAAAGUGAAAGUAAAUAUGAGUGAUCUAUAUACCAUGUAUCCCGGAUGUUCAAACCAAACCGUAGCGUCCCUGCGCGUCAGCAAUUUACAUGCAUCUACAACGAGGGAAAAACUAUUCCAAGUAUUUCGAUGCAUCGGACAUAUCGUAUCUGUUCGUGUAUGCUAUGAUAGAUAUAGCAAUCAACCUUUGGGCUAUGCCUAUGUCAACUUUGAUCGGCUUUUGGAUGCCAAGCGUGCUAUUGAAACAUUAAGUCGGGUUCAUGUCAACGGACUCCCGAUGAAUAUUAAGAUGGUGGGACACAUAAACGGCGCAGGGCAGCGUUUGGUUAACUCCACUAUUAGCAUUAGAAAUUUGGAUGAAAACAUAGACAAACAAACACUACACGACAACUUCAAAGAAUUCGGAAAAAUUUUCAAAUGUAGAGUAGCCUUAGACAGUAAUGGAAAAUCGAAAGGAUUUGCAUUCAUAGAUUAUAGAACGGAAAAAGCGGCGAAAAGUGCGAAGGAACAAAUGAACGGAAAAGUUUUUAACGAUAGAGCGAUCACAGUAUCUAUUAUCUCUACAGAAUAUUCAGGCCGCGUUCACGGAGUCAAUCUUUAUGUCAAAAACUUAGGCCAAACGAUCGAUGAUAAACGACUUAAGGAGUUAUUCGAGCCGUUCGGAGAAGUCAUCUCGGCCAAGGUGAAGUUCGAUGGAAAUCGCUCGAAAGGAUUCGGUUUCGUUUGUUUUUACGAUGUUGAGGAAGGCUUGAAUGCAGUUGUCGAUAUGUUUGGGCGCUUGGUUGAUGGCAAGCAUCUUUAUGUAGGAAUAGCUCAACCCAAGAAAGAUCGCCAAGCACAGAUUCUCUCAAAUGGCUCAGCACAACCUGUCCAUCAAAACAGGAGAGGUAGGAAUCAAGCGUAACCAACCAACAUAAUGUAAAUGAGAGUCACUACAGCAUAGGCCAUUACUGCAUUGGAAUACAUAAGCCGUCAAACCUCGUCUCGCCGAAUUCCAGACAAAAACAACGCACAUUCGUGCUUGUUGGAUUAUAUCAAACAGUCGCUGCCCGAGAGCCUCAGUUUUGAUGGAAGAUCAUCAAUCAACUCGUAGAUUAGUUUAUACACGUCAUGUUCUGGUUUUAAAAGCUAUUCGUUUUUAACAAUGUUGACGUUCCUGACAAAUGUAUGUUCUACGAACCUCGUUGAUAUAUAAGUAGUUUAUCAGUAAAUGUAAAUAAAUGUGAAUGUGAUAUUUGUCUGUAGAGUA